AUGAGUUUCAGUUUAGAGCAAGCACUAGGUUUCAGGGUUAAGAUCACUAAUCUUUUGCAUGAUGUGAUUGAUGGUAAGAUUUAUUCGUACAAUUCCAUGUCGAACACACUGACCAUCCAGUUGCCAAAGAAGAAUAAUGCCAACCCAUCCUUUAAGAUCAUCAAAUGCUCUUUUAUCAAGAGUUUGGAAGUGAUCGGUGACAAGCCUCCAUAUAACAGCUUCAAGAGACAGCAAAUCAAGCCUUCUACGGUGAGUGUGGAGAGAGUACAGAAGUUGCUGAACACAAGAAUAGAGGAAGCCAAGAGAGAAGCUGAUAUGAAGAAAAGAGGUAUCACAGCCGAAGGACAGUAUAUAUUCGAUGCAUUGUCCAAGACUGUAUCAGACACUAGAUGGGACGGCAAGAAUAUCGUGGUGCUAGACGACAUAAUCAUAGCAUCACCAUACAAGCAGGAAAAUGUCAAAUCAUUGAACACCCACGGCAACCAAUCUCUGAACUUAAUUCACAAGAUUCUGGAGAGAAGUUGGAAAGAACUGGAGAGUACAAAGAAAGGUGGUUAA